CGGCGGGCAGGGGGCGGGGCCUGUCUCGGCCGGAGAGAGAAGAAGAAGAAGAAGAAGAAAACAGAAAUGGCGACGCUCGGAGGGUUCAGCGCUGCUCAGCACCGGAGGAACGUCCCGGACGGAACCGGCGACAUGUCCGAGUUCGUGUGUCCGGUGUGCCUGGAGAUCUUCGACAGUCCCGUCACCACGCAGUGCAGCCACACGUUCUGCCACAGCUGUUUGCAGGAGUGUUUACGUCCGCAGAAACCCGUUUGCGCCGUAUGCCGGGCCGGGCUUGGACCCUGGACUAAAGCUGUGGAGCUUGAGAUCAAGAUCCAAUCAUCUGUGGCUGCUUGCAAGGGAUGCGGAGUACAGGUCCGCCUUUCUCAGAUGAGAAGCCACACAGCCGCCUGCCCAAAAUUCCAGGAAUACAUCGAGGAGGGAGUGAGGACCACUGUCAUGAGCGGGCCCGACGUCCUCAGUCCAAUACCAAAUCGCUUCACCUUCACCUGCCCAUACUGCAACUGCCAGAACCUGGACCAGGACGGCCUGGUCGAACACUGCACUUCCCAGCAUUCUCGUGAUGCACGACAAGUGGUGUGUCCCAUCUGUUCCUCAAUGCCCUGGGGGGACCCGAACUACAGGAGUGCUGACUUUUUCCAGCACCUGAAGAUCAGACACACGUUCUCCUACGACACCUUUGUUGACUACUCCACAGAUGAGCACACGAUGAUCCAGGAGGCUCUACAGCGCUCCCUGUUGGACAACUGACGUGCGACUAACAAUCCAACCAGAGGAAGGAAUCCAACGAAGCGAAGGGGAGACGGCGAUGCGAGGUCUUUUAGAAGACGCACCGUAACACCAUCCAUCCAUCUCGAGGAUGGUGGUACUGCACUGCUAUGGGUAAUCAGCUUCACAGGGAAAAUUGUAAUCCUCAUAACGGAUCUAUAGGUUUAUUAUUCAGAAAAUAAAUCCUGCAAUAUGGUUCAAAAACAAACAAAAAAAAAAAAGCAUAUUGUACUGUCUGAUUUAGGAGUGAUACUGUGUUUUCUGCUCUAUUAUCUUCCCCCCCACAAAAAAGUUGAGUCUGUAGACUUGAUAGUUUGUUGAAUAUCUACUAAACUAUGUGCGUUCCAGCUGUUUGUUCAUUUAGGACACGCCGUCAUAGAGCCAAAAACUUCCAAAGUUGUGAUUAAAUCUCCCCGUCGUCAAUACUUGAUGUAAUAAGAGGGUUCGACCACUAGGUGGCUAAACUGUUGCCGGCCAAACGACAGACUUCACUUGUCGAGGUGUUCAAGUAACGUUAACAAUAAUAUAUACAAGCUCCAGAGUGACUCUGCAUGUUAACUCUAAUUAAGUGGAGAGUUUUUUGUUUGUUUGUUUGUUUUUCUGUUUCUGGGUGAAAUGUGAGAGAGUGUGUGUGUUGAUUCUGUUUUUUCGGAGAUCUACUGGAAAGAAUAAAUAAGAGGGUCAAACUAAAAGCCA